GUUACCAACGAUGCAUAGGAUGAGUAAGUGUAGUUUAAUGUUUCUCGUGUUAGUUUUGUUAGUAGGACUAUCGCAUUCCCUACCGGAAAUUCGUCCCAUCGUUCAUACCUCGCUCGGUGACAUUGAAGGAACUGUGCUGCAGUCACGUUUGGGUCAAAGCUUUUAUGCUUUUCGGGGGAUUCCCUAUGCUCAAUCACCAACCGGUAAAUUGCGCUUCCAACCACCCGUACCACUGACCGAACCAUGGAACGGUACCUACGAUGCCACCGAAGACGGUCCAAUGUGUCCACAGCCAUUCAUGAACGAAACCUACAAGGUAUCGGAGGACUGUCUACGCCUGAACGUUUACACCGCCGCGAUUCCCGGGGAGCUUAUCAGAAUACGGCCACGUGAUGUGCUGGUCUAUCUGCAUCCCGGUGGGUUCUACAGCCUCUCGGGACAAUCGAACACGUUCGCCGGUCCACAUGCCAUCAUGGAUCAUCCGAUCGUAUUUGUGACGAUCAAUUACCGUUUAGGAUCGCUCGGAUUCAUGAGUACCGGAACGGCCGAAUGUCCGGGUAAUGUGGGUUUAAAAGAUCAAGUGGCUGCCCUCCGUUGGAUACAACAGAACAUUGCCAGUUUCGGAGGACUCUCAAACUCCGUUACACUGAUGGGAUACAGUGCCGGAGCGAUAAGCACCGCUUUGCACCUUAUAUCACCGAUGUCGAAGGGAUUGUUUCAUCGCGCGAUCGUUAUGAGUGGUGCCCCAACGGCGCAAUGGGAGGUACCGGAGCAUCAGCUAGAGCUGGCACACAAACAAGCCAUUUUGCUUGGUUGUCCCAUUAAAACGACGAUCGAAAUGAUCGAAUGCCUUCGACAGAAACCAUCAGAGGAUUUUGCCGACAGUUUAGAAACCAUGUUCGUGCUCGCCUGGAAUCCGGUGCUUCUCUGGAAACCAGUCAUCGAGCCUGACUUUGGCCAGGAGCGCUUUUUGGACCGUAACCCAACGGAAGCAUUUCAAAGCGGGGAUUUCAUGAAAGUUCCCUUAAUAGCGGGCAUUACACGUGAUGAAUUUGCGGGACCAGCUGUGAGCAUUUUACGCAAUGAAACGCUUAGGCGUGAAUUGGACGGCAGCUUUGAAACCCUCGCACCGAUACUGUUCCUCUUCGAGCGCCACACACCGGAAGCGGCCACACGAAGUCGUCUACUGAGGGAGAGAUUUCUGGGAAGCAGUCCUUUAACCUUGAACGAUUCAUUGACAGGAUUAAACUAUCUAUUUGCGGAUGGAUUGAUUGGCUUUGGGAUGCAUCGCUUCAUUGCGCUCGCCUCCAAGUACACAACCGUCUAUCAAUACAAAUUUGCGUACGUUGGGAGAUAUUCGCAUUUGUACUAUCCCGAGGACAAACCCUACGGUGCGGUGCAUCACGAUGAUCUUAUCUAUCUGUUGACGGGUCCCUUUAUUGCGCCCAUGUUCAACAGCACCGAUCCAGAGCAUCAAACUGUCGUAAGAUUGACCUCAAUGUGGACUAGCUUCGCCAUUCAUGGCGAUCCAAAUCGUGCCAAUCUGCCAGGACUCAAAUGGAUUCCCGUUUCAACCGAGAACGACACUUAUCUCGAAAUCAGCGAUCAGUUAGAAACCAAACAGGGACUCUUCACCGAGCGGUUCUCCUUCUGGGACCAGUUAUUCCCUCUUCCAGCCUAAAACAGGAAAUAAAAGAACAAAUCAAUCAUCGUUACAUACCCUGCAA